ACCAUUACCUUGUUGUCCACCCUGAUACUUUAGUAUCUGGAACUACUGUUUCCAUGGCAACUAAGUGUUUGCGGCAAAGCAUACUUAAUGAGCGAUUCCGAACUGAAGGCCAAAGUGAAGCCAUGUUGAUUGGAACACUUCUUCAUGAUUUGUUUGACCUAGCUAUAGAAUUUAAUGAAUUCUCCCCUGAUGCCCUUCUUAAGAGAGCUAGUGGACUUCUUCAGAAGCUCUCUUACUUAGAUGACCUGUACAGCCUGGGACAGACAGAGAACUGGGCCAUGGAGAAGCUCAAGGAGCAUAUUCCACUUCUCUGUGACUGGGCCAAGAAAUUUGUGGCUCCUUUUCCCCACCCUGAUGUUGGGGCCAUAGAUUUUAAGACCCCUGAAUACCCACAAGAGGCUGAACAGCCCAGUGUGUGUGUUUCCACUUUGAGAGACAUCGAAGAGAACAUCUGGUCACCAAGAUUUGGACUUAAGGGGAAAAUUGAUGCCACUGUUGAAGUUAAAAUUGACAGAAGACCUAAAAUCAAACGACACAGACCUGAUACAGGACACCAGGUGCAGACAAAAGUACUGCCAUUAGAGCUGAAGACAGGAAAAAUGUUCACCAAACUAGGUUCAAUUGAACACCGGGCGCAAGUGAUCCUGUACACGCUACUCAUGUCUGAUCGCUACUCUCAAGCAGUUGACGCAGGAUUGUUGUUUUACAUGAAAUCAGCUCACAUGCUCAGCGUGCCUGGCUUCCUCCACGAGAAAAGGGCGCUGAUCAUGAAGAGGAAUGAGGUUGCUCGGUACUUGACGCUUAACAGGGCAGGAGCUACUGGCACCAUGCCUGCAAUGUUAAGAGACCUCAACACCUGCAAGCGUUGUUCUCAAGCACAAAACUGCACUACCUUCCACAAAGCCACAGAACAAGGCGAUGGCAAGACCAGUGGACUGGGGUCACUUUUUAACGAGAAGACAGACCAUAUGUCCAAAACCUAUGUCAACUACUUCACGAACUGGUAUAAACUGGUUUGUCUGGAAGGGAAGGAGAUGGAGCAGAAAAGAAACCAAAGGGAAAUUUGGUGUUUGGAAGGAUUGGAGAGGGAAAAGCUGGGUCGUUGUUUUAGCAACAUGGUCCUGAAGCCGCACGAUCAUGACUCGAUGCUAGCCAAUAGUCAUUAUUGCAGACACAAUUUUGAGCGUUGCGUAAAUCAUCCCAGCGUGACACCGUUACAGGAUGUGCCUAUUGCUGUGGGAGAACGCGUGAUUUUGAGUGAAGAGAACAAUGGAGCUAUAGCUCUUGCGGCAGGUGAGUCGAGUUGAACGCAGCCUUCAUACCAUCAGCCUUCAUGCAAAUUAGACAAGAAAGUAAAGAAAAUCUUCUGGCUAGUUUUCCAGGCCUGGCAGUCAAUCUGAGCAAGAACUCUAGAAUAGGCUCGUUUUGAUAUAUUUAAGCUAUAACUUGACUCCAAGCCUAAAGGGAACAAAACAAACACAUCAAGGUUGAGCGCACAGUUUGGCUCUUAACGCUAUGUCUGGGAAAUGAACGAAAUGUUUUGAAACUUGUACAAUAAAAAAAAAGACA